AUGUCACUUAACAUGCACUUAAACGGGAUUCACGGGACCUUGCUAUUAUUUCUCGUAUUAAUUUUUGUAAAGUUUAGUUUCAGUCAAACAGUGCUAAAUACUCCAGAAACUUCUGCAGGUACAGAAACGCUAACAAUAGUGACAUCUACAAAUAUAACUACACAUGUCCUUUCAUCUUCUGAAGUUACAUCUACGAUUGUAACAACACAUGUUCCUUCAUCUUCUGAAGUUACAUCUACGAUUGUAACAACACAUGUUCCUGCAUCUUCUAAAGUCACAUCUACGAUUGUAACAACGCAAGUUUCUUCUGUAGUGACAACGACAACAACGCAAGUUUCCACAACUUCUGUAGUGACAACGACAACUACACAAGCAUCUAUAACUUCUGUAGUGACAACGACAACUCCGCAAGUUUCUACAACUUCUUUAAUGACACCAACAAUAGCACAAGUUUCUACAACUUCUGUGGUGACGCAGACAACAACACAAACACCUGCAGUUCCUACAGGUCUUACAACUUCUAUAAUUUCUGGAACUUCCGUAACUGCAACAACAACGGAGACAACAACACAAACACCUGCAAUACAAGAACCGACACCCAAUCCUGGAGCGCCGAAAUCGAAUACAAGUUCAUCUUACAGUUCAACUAAUACGGGAAAUUCUCCAACAACGCCACCAACCGAAGUAACAACGAUUAUUAAUCAAUGCACAGAUAAUACGCAAUAUUGUCAUACAGAUACUAAUACAAAAGCCACUGGAAAAAUAUUUACAAGUACAGCUGCUAAUCAAAAGAUUACUCUAACAACUUCUUAUGAUAAAACAAUUACAAAAUUCACAACUACAACGUUUAUACAAACUGUUACUCAAAUAUAUCAAGGAUAUACAACAACUAUAACUACUAAAAUCAAUGGAGUGGAUACGACAUUUGAAACAUAUUAUCCACCAAGUACUGUUGUUGUGAUGCAAACAGUAACUGCUUCUGUACCUGCUAUAGAAGCAGGAGUAUCUAAUAAUAUUGGCGUUAAUUUCAGAGAUUAUAAUGGAUUAAUAAAUAUUAUUUGGA